AUGGCUUUCAGUUGCAAGAAUCAUCGAAAUUGUUCCAAGUUCUUUGAUAACAAUGAGUACAAAAUUUACCGUGUGUGUGUGUGUGUGUCUGUCUGUCUGUCUGUCUGUCUCUCUCUCUCUCUCUCUCUCUCUCUCUCUCUCUCUCUGGUUCUUUUUCUCUUUCCGCGCUUUUUCUCGCUUUUAUGUCUUUCUAAAUUUCUUUCCUCCUCUUUCAUUGUAACUCCUUUUCUUUUCUUCUUAUAUUCCUCUCUCUCUCUCUCUCUCUCUGAGUCUAUCUCUCUGAGUCUCUCUUCUCACACGUUUUACUCUCAUUGUAUCCCUUUUCCUUUUUCGCUCCCAUUUAACUCUCUCUCUCUCUCUCUCUCUCUCUCUCUCUCUCUCUCUCUCUCUAUUUCUAAUUUCAUCAUCUUUCUUUCGUUCACUCUCGCUUUUUUCUCCAGUCUUGUAUUUUUUUUCUUUUAUCUUUUUCUACUUUCCUUACCCGUUCCUUCACCUUUUCUCUCUUUCUGUAUCUCUUCCUUUUUGACAUACUCUUUCUCUCUCUCUUUCUCUCCUCUUUUCUUCCUUUCUAGUUCUUCUCCUUCCCCUUCUUUUCCCUUUCAUUUAACUCUCUCUCUCCCAAUUACUCUGUCUUGCUUCCCUUUUCUUACAAACCCCAUUUUUGUGAUACACAUACGUGUCUUUGUGGUACGUUUUUAA